AUGACAUCGACAACACAGCUAGCCAGUGUUCUUGUGGCUCGUUUUCUUCGAUCGAAUAAUUAUACAGAAACCCUUGAGGUGUUUAUCCGCGAGGCGGGACUUCCGGCGAACGCGGGGCAAUCCGGUGCAAAUGACGAUGAGAAAAAUAAAUGGACCAUCGAGGGAGUACUCGAGGAGAAAAAAGCAUUCGACGAGAGCGUAGGGUUCGAACGGUAUGGCGCAAACGAGGAAAAAGAUGUGUGGACUGUGCCAGCGCCAUCAACACCGAACAUCAUCCCCACACCAACUUCUACCAAUCUUUUGGCAUGCUCUGUGGAGCCCUGGCACAUACCCAGCCAAGAGGGGAAUCAGGGUGACACAGUACCUUACUUAGUUGCCACAGGUGCCGACAGACAAGUCCAUCUCUUCCAGACGGACGAUGGCAAUGAUGUCGCCAGCUCUUUGACUGACCUCUUCGACUCCCCAAUCCUGUCAUACGCGCCGAUUCAGAACGGGGAAUAUGUCCUUCUGACCAACAUGUCUGGCCAGCUGCUCCUUCAACGCGGCGGGAAAAUCAUUUCUCGCCGGAAAGACCAUGCCAAGUACGCCGUGAAAGUGGUGGCAUGCGAAGAGGAUGACCAGCCGGGCGAAUCGGGAGCACGAGGGAUAUGGGCUGCCACCGCCGGUUGGGACUCAAAGGUCUUUCUUUACCGGCUUCGUAUCCCCAGCAGCACAGCGGACUCCGACACGCUGGAAAUCAACGAGCCCGUGGCACAUAUAACCCUGCCCACGAACCCAGAAUCGAUCCUGUUCGUCCGCCACCCGGAUACACAGGAACUGAUCUUGCUCGUGUCACGGCGCGACUCGACAUACCUCUUCUAUUACCAGGUUCCGCCGCCAACCAGCACCGGCGUCUUCGGCGAGUGCCAGCUCCUCGGCAAACAGAACCUGGCGCCUCAUUCGAUCGCCUGGGUUGCGUUCUCGCCAGCCUGUCUCGCUCUGAAUCCUCAUGACCCCGGACUUCUCGCCGUGGCAACGUCAACCCUCCCCCAUAUGAAAGUGAUCAUAGUGCGUUUACUAUUCCCCAAGUCCGACUCUCCUGCGACAGGGGAGACAUCCGCAGAGCCUGAGACACAGGCAACACAGGCGCUGGCGGCACUUACGCUCCAGAACCGCGAGGAUGCAGCCAUCAUGAUCCAGGCGAAUACGUUUGCGCCGCAGACGGCCUACUCCACCCCGCAAGUGGUUUGGCGGCCGGAUGGCUCUGGGGUGUGGGUUAAUGGCGAUGACGGUGUGAUCCGGGGGAUUGAGACUAAGACGGGGAAGAUUGCUACGAUGCUGAAGGAUGGGCAUCAGGCGGGAUCCAAGGUACGGACGAUCUGGGCUGGUUGGGUUGAAGUACGCCGGGGCGACGUAGUCGUGAAAGAAGAAUGGCUUGUCAGUGGAGGGUUUGACAAGAAACUUAUUGUUUGGAAAGUGUAG